AUGGCCUGGCGCAGCAGGUUCUCGUGGUGGCGCAGGUGCUUCAGGUACGAGCAGAACAGCCACUUCGCAACUGCUUGUGAGAUCGGCUUUCGCGGGGCUUUCUGGCUCACGCUUUUCGCGUGGCCGACGAUCCGUAGUAAUACUGGCGAGAUUCUUGGGAUUAGAAUGCAGGUUAUCGGGCCACAAGCAAUCGUGGCUUGCGUCUACACGCUAGCUCCGACCAUGGGGAUCACGAUAAAGAAUGCGUGGGCUGGUUUAAGUGGAACUGCCGCCUCAGCUUUGGUGUCGUGGCUAAUGUACGCGGUGUAUUACGACGGGUGCUCAGGAAAGUGCGCUGAUUGGCCUCGAAUCGACGCGUGCCAUUUUUGGAGGCUGGGGGACCUCACGGGGGAGUGCAAGGACGGGAGCCCGAUUGAAUUCUUCUUCCCUCGGGUCGACGCCUGGCUGGUGGGAUUUCGGCGCCCUUGCCGGGGCAGCGUCGAUCGUCGCCGUCUUGCUGCUCAACCUGCCCGCGAACUUCCAGAUCUUCUACUGCUCGAACUUUGUCUUCUCGUGGAUGGCGUUCCUGAACCCGGCGGCCGAGGACGCGCGCGGCGCACCGCUGAGACGGAGCGACCCGGACUACGCCCACGCCUGCGAGCUCUGCUGGGGUGGAAAGAUUGGGGCGGCGGCGUGUCCUUGGGUGUCAUGAAGAUGUUCAGCGGGUUUGUGCUGGCACUGCUGAUAGUCUCGCUCCCCUACCCGAUCACCUGCAUGAUGGGAGCGAGUGACCGUGCUGCGGUCAUCGCCCACGCGCUCGCCCGCCACUGGGAAAACACCAUCGAGUUCUACACCGCCCAGGAAGCAGACGAGAUAAGCAAGACCAAGAUGCUGCGCUCUAUGAGAACUGUCGAAACCGAGAUCUUCAGUCUCAACGAGCUGUUGGAAGGCAGCUACUGGGAGGUAGUGGCCGGUGUAUUGACUUCAUGUGUGUCUGGCCCCCGGCUAGUCAUGAUGAGGCUCGCCAACUUGAGCAAGUUGAGCCGCACUUUGUCCAGGUGCUUGCAGCUCCUAGGUCACGUGGUGGACGCCUGCGAGAGGGAGAAGUUUGAGGCGUCCCACCAGUCGAUGAUGAUCUCUUGCAAGGGCCCCGUGGUGGACUUGGCCACCUCCACAAUCGAGCUUCUGGAGAGUGGGCUGCAGAAGGCUGAUGACGGAGUCAUCACAGAGGUCGAAAAGGAGCAGUUGAGGUUACAAGUGCAAGUGGUAGAAGGCUUCGAGGACAACCUCAACAAGCACGUGAAUGCAUAUAUCGACUACAUUACCAGGGGAAAACCCUACGACGAUGCCCGAGAGUUGAGGGGACAGCUGGCUACAGAGCACGUGUUCAUGUUUUGCCUGUGCGAUUUCGCUGACAGCUUGCAGAUGUAUUGCACGUGGCUCACAGAUGGGCAGACGACCGAUCCUCCUCUCGCAGAGCGUCUUCGCAGAUGCUGCGGUGCAGCUUAUGGUGGGUGCUUGCUUGGGGUAUUGGACAAGAGCACGAUAUUCGCUCCGAAGAACCGCAGUUUUGUGGCACGGACCUCACUUUUCGAUCAAUUAUGUCGGUUAUGGUCGCAUCAUCGUUGCGAAGGGCGCGACCAUACCGUCGACAGUCGCCGUGCUCCUGUCUCAUUCUGUCGUUUCUCCCACUGGCAAAAUGUUUGA